CCCGGUCGCGCAGACCCUGAGCAAGCCGGCAAGCGAGAAGAUGCCUCGGCCGGGCCGCAACACGUACAGCGACCAGAAGCCCCCCUACUCCUACAUCUCUCUGACCGCCAUGGCCAUCCAGAGCUCCCCGGAGAAGAUGCUGCCGCUCAGCGAGAUCUACAAGUUCAUCAUGGACCGCUUCCCCUACUACCGGGAGAACACGCAACGCUGGCAGAACAGCCUGCGCCACAAUCUCUCUUUCAACGACUGCUUCAUCAAGAUCCCGAGGCGGCCAGACCAGCCGGGCAAAGGCAGUUUUUGGGCGCUGCAUCCCAGCUGCGGGGACAUGUUCGAGAACGGGAGCUUCCUACGGCGCCGCAAGCGCUUCAAGGUGCUCAAGUCUGACCACCUGGCGCCCAGCAAGCCGGCGGACGCCGCGCAGUACCUCCAACAGCAGGCUAAGCUGCGACUCAGCGCGCUGGCCGCCUCAGGCACGCAUCUGCCGCAGAUGCCCGCCGCUGCCUACAACCUGGGCGGCGUGGCGCAGCCCUCUGGCUUCAAGCACCCCUUCGCUAUCGAGAACAUCAUCGCGAGGGAGUACAAGAUGCCUGGGGGACUGGCUUUCUCUGCCAUGCAGCCGGUUCCGGCUGCCUACCCGCUCCCUAACCAGUUGACUACCAUGGGCAGCUCUCUGGGCACCGGCUGGCCCCAUGUGUACGGUUCAGCGGGGAUGAUCGACUCAGCCACCCCUAUCUCAAUGGCGAGUGGCGACUACAGCGCCUAUGGAGUACCGCUGAAGCCGCUGUGCCACGCCGCGGGCCAGACGCUGCCCGCCAUCCCAGUGCCCAUCAAGCCCACACCGGCCGCAGUGCCUGCCCUGCCGGCGCUGCCCGCACCCAUCCCCACCCUGCUCUCGAACUCGCCGCCUUCGCUCAGCCCCACGUCCUCGCAGACAGCCACCAGCCAAAGCAGCCCCGCUACCCCUAGCGAGACACUCACCAGCCCGGCUUCUGCCUUGCACUCAGUAGCGGUGCACUGACCCAACAGAAACUGGGGCUCCCUCUCGGUCACCUCCACACUACCCCUCUCACCAUUUCCCCAGCUCCGAGUCCGGGUCCAGCCCCCUCUGACCUAGAACCGCCACCCUGACUUGUCCAUUCCACCUUCUUCCUUAAAUCCUCUGUCUUAGGAUAACUUUUGGUUUUGGACCCAGAAGACAACCCACAAACUUGCCAGAAGGCGCGCGUGAAAGUUGUCUUCGCUCCCAUAUGGCACUAGAGAAAACAGGGGCUACCCCAAGCCAAGCGGCCCGUCAGGGGUCCCAGAAAUGCACUCCCAUACAACAGGGAGGACACCCCGACUCCCUCCUGUUCGGAGAAAACAAAAAACAAAAAAGGCGGGAGCGGGGCGGGGGACAACCUUCAUCUUCUGCGCUUGGAUCGGCGGAGCUCCGGACUCUGCGCAAUUUCAAGACCAGAGACACUGCCCGAGAGCUGAAGGCCACCGUGGCUGCAGCGGAACGCGGGCUGGAUCUCCUUAGGGCCUGAAAAUCCGUGGCCACUGGACCCACUAAUCCUCCUCCGGGCUCGCCUCCGCCCAGCAGG